GCCGGGCUGUCCUAGGCAAGCAGAGGACAGGGAGUGCUGGGGAGGGAGGAAGACAGGCUGGGAGAAAGGCGCCCUUCCUGCGGUGCCUGCUGGUAAUUGGCUCUCCGGAACCAGCCGGGACACGGGGCCUGCUGAGUCAGGAAGUGGUGGACAAUGCCACCCUUUCAGGGGAGACACGGCUUGGUCUUAGGUCCUGUGUGACUCCAGGGAAGUCCAGAGAACAGCCUGUUCUCAGAGGAUGUUCCCUAACCCAGAGCCCCCUCCAGAGACUGUCAGCAUCAAUAAGGCCAUUAAUACGCAGGAAGUGGCUGUAAAGGAAAAACAUGCCAGAACAUGCAUACUGGGCACCCACCAUGAGAAAGGGGCACAGACCUUCUGGUCUGUUGUCAACCGCCUGCCUCUGUCUAGCAACGCAGUGCUCUGCUGGAAGUUCUGCCAUGUGUUCCAUAAACUCCUCCGAGACGGACACCCGAACGUCCUGAAGGACUCUCUGAGAUACAGAAAUGAAUUGAGUGACAUGAGCAGGAUGUGGGGCCACCUGAGCGAGGGGUAUGGCCAGCUGUGCAGCAUCUACCUGAAACUGCUGAGAACCAAGAUGGAGUACCACACCAAAAAUCCCAGGUUCCCAGGCAACCUGCAGAUGAGUGACCGCCAGCUGGAUGAGGCUGGAGAAAGUGACGUGAACAACUUUUUCCAGUUAACAGUGGAGAUGUUUGACUACCUGGAGUGUGAACUCAACCUCUUCCAAACGGUGUUCAACUCCCUGGACAUGUCCCGCUCUGUGUCUGUGACGGCAGCAGGGCAGUGCCGCCUCGCCCCGCUAAUCCAGGUCAUCUUGGACUGCAGCCACCUUUAUGACUACACUGUCAAGCUUCUCUUCAAACUCCACUCCUGCCUCCCAGCCGACACCCUGCAAGGCCACCGGGACCGCUUCAUGGAGCAGUUUACAAAGUUGAAAGAGCUGUUCUACCGCUCCAGCAACCUGCAGUACUUCAAGCGGCUCAUUCAGAUCCCCCAGCUGCCUGAGAACCCACCCAACUUCCUGCGAGCCUCAGCCCUGUCAGAACACAUCAGCCCCGUGGUGGUGAUCCCUGCAGAGACCUCAUCCCCCGACAGUGAGCCAGUCCUAGAGAAGGAUGACCUCAUGGACAUGGAUGCCUCUCAACAGAGUUUAUUUGACAACAAGUUUGAUGACAUCUUUGGCAGUUCAUUCAGCAGUGAUCCCUUCAAUUUCAACAGUCAAAACGGCGUGAACAAGGAUGAGAAGGACCACUUAAUUGAGCGACUAUACAGAGAGAUAAGUGGACUGAAGGCACAGCUAGAAAACAUGAAGACGGAGAGCCAGCGGGUUGUGCUGCAGCUGAAGGGCCGUGUCAGCGAGCUGGAAGCAGAGCUGGCUGAGCAGCAGCACCUGCGGCAGCAGGCGGCCGACGACUGUGAGUUCCUGCGGGCAGAACUGGACGAGCUCAGGAGGCAGCGGGAAGACACCGAGAAGGCUCAACGGAGCCUGUCUGAGAUAGAAAGGAAAGCCCAAGCCAAUGAACAGCGAUAUAGCAAGCUGAAGGAGAAGUACAGCGAGCUGGUUCAGAACCACGCUGACCUGCUACGGAAGAAUGCAGAGGUGACCAAACAGGUGUCCGUGGCCAGACAAGCUCAGGUAGAUUUGGAACGAGAGAAAAAACAGCUGGAGGAUUCAUUGGAGCGCAUCAGUGACCAGGGCCAGCGGAAGACUCAAGAACAGCUGGAAGUUCUAGAGAGCUUGAAGCAAGAACUCGCCACAAGCCAACGGGAGCUUCAGGUUCUCCAAGGCAGCCUGGAAAUUUCUGCCCAGUCAGAAGCAAACUGGGCAGCCCAGAUCGCCGAGCUAGAGAAGGAGCGGGACAGCCUGGUGAGUGGCGCAGCUCAUAGAGACGAGGAAUUAUCCGCUCUUCGGAAAGAACUGCAGGACACUCAGCUCAAACUGGCCAGCACAGAGGAAUCUAUGUGCCAGCUUGCCAAAGACCAACGAAAAAUGCUUCUGGUGGGGUCCAGGAAGGCUGCGGAGCAGGUGAUACAAGACGCCCUGAACCAGCUUGAAGAACCUCCUCUCAUCAGCUGCGCUGGGUCUGCAGAUCACCUCCUCUCCACGGUCACGUCCAUUUCCAGCUGCAUUGAACAACUGGAGAAAAGCUGGAGCGAGUAUCUGGCCUGCCCGGAAGACAUCAGUGGACUUCUGCAUUCCAUAACCCUGCUGGCCCACUUGACCAGCGACGCCAUUUCUCAUGGUGCCAGCACCAGCCUCAGAGCCCCACCUGAGCCUGCCGACUCACUGACCGAGGCCUGUAAGCAGUACGGCAGGGAAACCCUCGCCUACCUGGCCGCCCUGGAGGAAGAGGGAACCCUUGAGAACACUGACAGCACAGCCAUGAGGAACUGCCUGAGCAAGAUCAAGGCCAUCGGCGAGGAGCUCCUGCCCAGGGGCCUGGACAUCAAGCAGGAAGAGCUGGGGGACCUGGUGGACAAGGAGAUGGCGGCCACUUCAGCUGCUAUUGAAACCGCCACGGCCAGAAUAGAGGAGAUGCUCAGCAAAUCCCGAGCAGGAGAUACAGGAGUCAAACUGGAGGUGAAUGAAAGGAUCCUUGGUUGCUGUACCAGCCUCAUGCAAGCUAUUCAGGUGCUGAUUGUAGCCUCUAAGGACCUCCAGAGAGAGAUUGUGGAGAGCGGCAGGGGUACAGCAUCCCCUAAAGAGUUUUAUGCCAAGAACUCUCGAUGGACAGAAGGACUCAUCUCAGCCUCCAAGGCUGUGGGCUGGGGAGCCACUGUCAUGGUGGAUGCAGCUGAUCUGGUGGUACAAGGCAGAGGGAAAUUUGAGGAGCUAAUGGUGUGUUCGCAUGAAAUUGCUGCUAGCACAGCCCAGCUUGUGGCUGCAUCCAAGGUGAAAGCUGAUAAGGACAGCCCCAACCUAGCCCAGCUGCAGCAGGCCUCUCGGGGAGUGAACCAGGCCACUGCCGGCGUCGUGGCCUCAACCAUUUCCGGCAAAUCACAGAUUGAAGAGACAGACAACAUGGACUUCUCAAGCAUGACGCUGACACAGAUCAAACGCCAAGAGAUGGAUUCCCAGGUUAGGGUGCUAGAGCUAGAAAAUGAAUUGCAGAAGGAGCGUCAAAAACUGGGAGAGCUUCGGAAAAAGCACUACGAGCUUGCUGGUGUUGCUGAGGGCUGGGAAGAAGGAACAGAGGCAUCUCCACCUACACUGCAAGAAGCGUCUUUUCAGUUUCAUCAUUUGCACAAACUUGUGAGCAUCAGAGGGCUGAUGGAUUCCAAACCAGGACACUACCCUGAAAUCUGCACAGUCAGAAGGACAGCAGGAGUGUCCUGGCUGUGAAUGCCAAGGCCAUUCUCCCCCUCUUUGGGCAGUGCCAUGGAUUUCCACUGCUUCUUAUGGUGGUUGGUUGGGUUUUUUGGUUGUAUUUUUUUUUUUUUAAGUUUCACUCACAUAGCCAACUCUCCCAAAGGGCACACCCCUGGAGCUGAGUCUCCAGGGCCCCCCACUGUGGCAGCUCCGGCGAUGGUGCUGUCCAGGCCUCUCGGUGCUCCACCUCCGCCUCCACGCUGAGCAAGUGCUGGCCCACCCAGUCCAUGCUCCAGGGUCAGGCGGAGCUGCUGAGUGACAGCUUUCCUCAAAAGGCAGAAGGAGUGAGUGCCUUUCCCUCCUAAAGCUGAACCCAGCGGAAAGCCUCUGUCCACCUUCACAAGGGAGAAGACAACAGAAAGAGGGACAAGAGGGUUCACACAGCCCAGGUCUUCACAGGACACGUUUCUUAGGAGUUCCUGUGACCAGGCUCAAAAAUUUUUAUCACAUGCUUGAAUGGAACUGGUGAGAUCAACACUACUUCCCCGCCGGAAUGAACUGUCCAUGAACGGUCUGUGUCAAGUGGACCAUCUCCCUUGGCCCAGAGAGGGAGCGUGGGAGCAAUUCCCAGCUCCUUUCUGCAGACGUCUGCCUUGGCAUCCUCUUGAAUAAAAAGAUCGUUCCACCUUCUACGCAAUUGACAAACCCGGAAGAUCAGACGCAAUUGCUCCCAUCAGGAAAGAACCCUAUACUUGGUUUGCUACCCUUAGUAUUUAUUACUAACCUCCCUUAAGCAGCAACAGCCUACAAAGAGAUGCUUGGAGCAAUCAGGACUUCAGGUGUGACUAUAGCAAGGCUCAUCUUUCUGCCCGGCUACAUCAGCCUUCAAGAAUCAGAAGCAAGGCCAAGGUGCUGGACUGUUACUGACUUGGAUCCCAAAGCAAGGAGAUCAUUCAGAGCUCUUGAGUCAGAGAAAACGAGAAAGGACAGAGCCAGCGGCUCUAACUCCUUUCAGCCAUAUGCCCCAGGCUCUCGCUGCCCUGUGGACAGGAUGAGGACAGAGGGCACAUGAACAGUUUGCCAGGGAUGGGCAGCCCAACAGCACUUUUCCUGUUCUAGAUGGACCCCAGCAUUUAAGUGACCUUCUGAUCUUGGAAAAACAGCGUCUUCCUUCUUUAUCUAUAGCAACUCAUUGGUGGUAGCCAUCAUGCACUUCCCAGGAUCUGCCCCAACAGAACAUUGCUAGGUUUUGCUACAUGACGGGUUGUGAGACUUCUGUUUGAUCACUGUGAACCAACCCCCAUCUCCCUAGCCCACCCCCCUCCCCAACUCCCUCUCUGUGCAUUUUCUAAGUGGGACAUUCAAAAAACUCUCUCCCAGGACCUGGGAUGACCAUACUCAGAGGUGUGACCUCCAUACUGGGCUAAGGAAGUAUCAGCACCAGAAAUUGGGCAGUCUUGUGUUGAAUGCUGCUUUCUGCUUAGUAUUUUUUUUUUAUUCAAGGCUCAGAAGGAAUGGUGCAUGGCUUCCCUGUCCCAGUUGUGGCAACUAAACCAAUCAGUGUGUUCUUGAUGCGGGUCAACAUUUCCAAAAGUAGCUAGUCCUCACUUCUAGAUCUCAGCCAUUCCAACUCAUACGUUUCAAAUUACCAAUGAGGCGGCCGGGCACCACUGUACCCGUGGCUCACGCCUGUAAUCCCAGCACUUUGAGAGGCCAAGGCAGGUGGAUCACCUGAGGUCAGGAGUUCGAGACCAGCCUGGCUAAUGUGGUGAAACCCCGUCUCUACUAAAAAUACCAAAAAUUAGCCAAGCAUAGUGGCGGGUGCCUGUAAUCCCAGCUACUCAGGAGGCUGAGACAGGAGAAUCUCCUGAACCCCGGAGGCAGAGGUUGCAGUGAGCUGAGAUCACGCCAUUGUACUCCAGCCUGGGCAACAAGAGCAAAACUCCGUCUCAAAAAAAACCAAAAAAACAAAUUACAAAUGGGGCAAAAAGUCUAGUGUACUGGAUCAAAUUAAGAUUCUCUGCCCAGCUGAGCACAGUGGCUCACGCCUGUAAUCCCAGCACUUUAGGAGGCCAAGGCGGGAGGAUCGCUUGAGCUCAGGAGUUUGAGACCAGGCUGGGCAUCAUAGCAAGACCUUGUCUCUACUAAAAUUCAAAAACAAAAUUAGCCGGGCAUGAUGGUGCACAUGCCUGUAGUCUCGGCUAGUUGGGGAGCUGAGGUGGGAGAAUUGCUUGAGCUUGGGAAGUUGAGGCUGCAGUCAGCCCUGACUGUGCCACUGCACUCCAGCCUGGGUGACGGAGUGACAAAAAAUUGUUUGUUUUUAAAGCCACAGAAAUGUUUAAAACCUUCGUCGACUUAGCCUGAGUCAUAACAGUUAAGAAAGCACUUAAACAGAAGCAGAGGCUAAGUCAGUGUCACAUGAGGAAGUAACUGUCAGAUGUCACAUAAUUACUUUCGUAAUAGCUCAGAUUAGAACGGCUACCCCAUUCUCUAGACAAAAUCAAAUUUUCCUAUUGUGACUUUUCUAAAAAUGAAGAUGAAGAGGUAUUUAGUGACACACCUUGGAUUAAAACGGGAAUCACAUCUUAAAGCUAAAAAUGAACCUGCCAGCCUUUUAAAUGAGUCACUGAGCAUCACUAGUGACAAGUCUCUGGUGAGUGUAAAUGGGUCAUGACAAGAUGGGAGAGCAACAAAAUAAUGGCUUAGGAUCAACAAGAAGUUGAAAAACAGCAUCUGUUACUUAAGUUUGUAAGACAGUGCCCUAAGACCUCUAGAGAAAAGAUGUUUGUUUACAUAAGAGAGGCCGGACGUGGUGCCUCACUCCUGUAAUCCCAACACUUUGGGAGGCAGGGGUGGGUGGAUCACCUGAGGUCAGGAGUUCAAUACUAGCCUGGCCACCAUGGUGAAACCCCGUCUCUACUAAAAAUACAAAAAUUAGUCGGGUGUGGUGGUGGGCACCUGUAAUCCCAGCUACUGGGGAGGCAGAGGCAGGAGAAUCGCUUGAACCUGGGGGACGGAGGUUGCAGUGAGCCAAGAUCACACCGCUGUACUGCAGCCUGGGUGACAGAGUGAGACUCGGUCUCAAAAAAAAAAAAAAGAGAGAGAAAGAAACAGAAGAGAAGAGCCACCUUGGCAGGGUUAUUUUAUAUCUGAGCAAGGAGUUUCAAUGAGACUAGUUUAGAUUGUUUGCUGAUGCGGCCGUCCAUAGCAGUACCCCUAAAAUCCCACCAGAAUACGGGUCCCUCUAACCCAGUGACUGGAAGAACCACUGUCUAGAGCAACUUUUCUUGGAACUGUCCCAGCUACCAAGUCAGACACCAAGGUUUCUGCCACCAGGUAACACGGGGAUCACAGGUACAUGUCGCUCUGGUCAGAUUAGUUGGCUUUGGUCCCUCGACCCUGUGGAGGAGCUAGUUCUCAGCUUGCACCUGGAAGCUCUCUCUUAGCUCCUUAGUCUAGAGGGGUCUCCUGGCUCCACUUGACCCUGGUCUUUAAUAACUGGUCAGUAUCUUGCUACCUUCUACCACCUUUCCAAAUCUCUGGAAGUCCUGCCAGGGAAAGCCUCCAGUUCCAACAUUGGCUUUCCAAGCAAACUGGCUUGCCGUCUCUCUGCCAUCCUUGUCCUCCAGAGACGGUACCACCUGUAGCAUAGAAAAACACCACCACGGACCUGCCAGCCAUCGAUGCAGCAAACCAGGCCGGCUGUUUGCUGCCAAAUUCCUUCCUCUCCCAGGUCCAGACCAAACACAAGAUCAGCACCACACCGUGGUGUUGUCAGGAGCCAAAGCAACAGGAAACAAUUCAAUGCUGUUGGGUUCGAUUCUGAGAGUAGAUUUUUCCAGACAUGUCUUUCAGGUGACCCUCAACUACCUCAGGUUUGAAGGCCCUAAAUGAAACUGAUUACCACUCACAGGGGCAAACCGAGGGGGGUUCGGUUACAUCUUGGUGAUAAUGCAAUUGUCUCAAACUGAUAACAAACUCUUUCACAUUUCGGUUUGCAGGGGUAGGGUUGGGUUUGUUUUUCUUCUCUUCUGUGUUUACCCUUUCCCCCGGGUUUCCAGUAGGGUAGUUCCUUGAAAUGAAUUUCAUUUUUCACUGAGUGCCUACCUUCCCAGGGCAGGUGGCCACUGGCUUCUGUUUCCCUCCAACAAUACUUUUAUUAUGGUAUUAAGACCUUUCUUUGUAUAAUACAUUGCAUCUGUGUUUUCAAUUUUUCAAAUAAAUAUUUCCGCCUGGCAA